ACAUAUAAUAUUAGAAAAAAAUAAGUCAAACCAUGCACUAAUACUCUUCUUCUUCCUCCCUUCCUUAUAAUGUUGCAUUCAUGAACAAAGUAAUUUAUUCUCUAAGUAAUAUGGAACCAACUGCAAUGGUUUGGCAUGCAAUAUUUGCACUUAGUGUGUCUUUUACUGGUUUCAUAGUGUCAUGUUCUCAGACAGAAAAUUACCUUAGUGGCAAAGAAUAUCCAAACUCAGUUUCAUUUCCAAGCACUUUCUUGUUUGGAACAGCCUCUUCUAGUUACCAGUUUGAAGGAGCUUUCCUUAGUGAUGGAAAAGGCCUCAACAAUUGGGAUGUGUUUACUCAUGAAGCUGGGCACAUAGCAGAUGGAAGUAAUGGAGAUAUUGCUCUCGACCAUUACAACCGAUAUCGGGAGGAUAUCAAACUCAUGGAAGAUAUGGGUGUGAAUAGCUUUCGUUUCUCUAUUUCAUGGGCAAGAAUUCUGCCCAGUAAGUUACAACUAUCACUUCUUUUGUCCCUAUCUCAUAUUUCAGGAUGUAAACUCCUAAAUAACCCCUUUUUUGGUCCAAUAACUGAAUCAGAUGGGAUGUACGGAGAUGUCAAUUUGGCUGGAAUUCAGCAUUACAAUAAGCUGAUUAAUGCACUCAUACAGAACGGGAUCGAACCAUUUGUCACGUUAACGCAUUAUGAUAUACCUCAAGAACUUGAAGACAGAUAUGGAGGUUGGCUAAGUCCAAAAAUACAGAGUGAAUUCAGUUGUUAUGCAGAUAUAUGUUUUAAAUAUUUUGGAGACAGAGUGAAAUAUUGGGUGACAAUGAAUGAGCCAAAUGUGAUGGCCGUUCGCGGCUAUAGAUUGGGGACUUUCCCUCCAGCUCGAUGCUCUCGUUCAUUUGGUAAUUGCAGCGCUGGGAAUUCGGAAAAGGAACCCUUCAUUGCUGCCCAUAAUAUGAUCCUAUCCCAUGCAGCAGCUGUCAGCAUUUACAGAACAAAAUAUCAGGAAAGACAAGGAGGUAUGAUUGGGAUUUCUUUAAAUACUCAAUGGUAUGAACCUUUUAGCGAUUCCUCAGAAGACAAAUCUGCAGCUCAAAGAGCUCGAUCUUUCGUUUACAACUGGUUUUUAGACCCUAUUAUAUUUGGAAGAUAUCCUGAAGAAAUGCAACAAAUUCUAGGAACUAACCUGCCUGCCUUUUCAAGCAAUGAUUUGAAAAAACUGAAUAAUGGCCUUGAUUUCAUUGGCAUAAAUCUUUACACUGCUGCAUAUAUUAAAGAUUGCUUGUACUCCGCCUGUGAAAAUGGAACCUCUUGGUCAGAAGGUUCUUAUUUUCGUACUACAGAAAAAGAUGGCGUGUACAUUGGAAAACCGACUACAAUGGACUGGCUCUUCGUUUACCCUCAAGGGAUGGAAAAGACUGUGAUGUACAUGAAGGACAGAUUCAAUAACACUCCAAUCAUCAUCACUGAAAAUGGCAUUGCUGAGAGUGACAAUCCAAAUUCUUCUUUAGCAGAUGCCCUCAUUGACACUCAAAGAGUUGAGUAUAUGCAUAGCCACUUGAAAUUCUUGGCAAAUGCAAUGAGGGAAGGUGCAGAUGUGAGGGGCUACUUCGCUUGGUCAUUGCUCGACAACUUUGAAUGGUUAGAAGGAUAUACAAAAAGAUUUGGACUGCAUUAUGUCAAUUUUACAAAUCUCCAGAGAACUCCAAAGUUAUCAGCCACUCGGUAUAAGGAGCUCACGUCUAAUUUUCAAGGACAGAUAGCAAGAUAUGUAGCCAAAUAACAUGGAAAAAAUAACAAUAACACUGCUAUAAUAUUAUUUAUAAGCAGAUAUACGAAUUAGUUUGA